AUGGCCUGCACAGCAUUUAGACAUCUUCCCAAACUCAGCCUGCAGAGGGUAUUAUUCAUUGUAACCUGUCUGUUGCCUGUGGCUUCUCACGGGCUGUCGGUAAACCUGGCCAGUUCCACCAGAUGCUUGCACAUCCCUAAGACGAUGGCUCUGUGCUACGACAUCGGCUAUAUCGAGAUGAGAAUCCCUAACUUACUCGGGCACGAAACACUGCCUGAAGUAAUCCAGCAGUCCACCAGCUGGUUACCCUUACUGGCCAGAGAAUGUCAUCCAGACGCCAGGAUCUUCCUCUGCUCGCUUCUUGCACCGGUUUGCAUGGACAGGUUUAUAUACCCCUGUCGCAGCCUCUGUGUAUCAGUGAGGAACAGAUGUGCUCCUAUCAUGGCUUGCUAUGGUUAUCCAUGGCCAGAGAUACUGAAUUGCAACAAGUUUCCCCCUGACCAUGGCAUGUGCAUUUCUUCCAUCAGCAACAAGACAGCAUCACAUAGAAGCAUGCCUCAAGCAAGCUGUCAAGACUGUGAAUUAGAAGAAACUACAUCAACAAAACAAAUACUCAAUAUAUUUUGUUCACAUGAUUUUGCAGUAAAAAUCAGAAUUUCAAAGAGAAACACAAGUUUUACCAAGAUCUCAGAUUUUGAGAUGGACAGCAAAGUGGAGGUCUUCAAGCACGGGCCUCUCCUCAAAACCGAGAUCCAUCCCAGGCUUCAGCACUGGCUUGACUUGGAUGCCACUUGCGUCCAGAACAUGACACGAGGCAAUCGUACAGGAACUUUUGUAAUUGUGGGACGAAUCCAGGAUGGCAAAAUUUUAGUGUACAAGGUUUUCUUGUGGCAAAAGCGCAACAAAAAUCUCAUGCAUGCUGUUAGAAAGUGGAAACACUACAGAUGCCGCACACAAUACUGA